AUGGCGUCGAUCCGGUUGCCGCUGUGUAUUGGGCUUUUCCUAACUGUCGUUUUAACGCAAAAAGCCCAGUACACAGAUGAUGUUGGGCGACAUCAGUUCUACCCACUGGCCGCGUCCGCCUAUACCAAUCCGCAGACGUGCAUCAACAAGUGGCUGGGUGCUCAGCUGAAACGGCAAAUUAACGUCGACUGCGACAUGCUAAAAGGCGACACGUGCAGCGGCUACACGGCUGUAUCACCGGAUAAGAAAAUCAUCGCGCUGGUCUUCAGGGGUACCACCACCGAUGAGCAACUUUUGGCCGAGAUCGACGAGACGCUGAGGAAGAAGAUCCCCCUGGGCGCUGGUACCGUCGAUGAAUAUUUCUACGACGGCUUCAACAAGUUGUGGACGGGUGGGAUGAAAGAUGAUUUCCUUUCCCUCCGCUCAAAAUACCCAUCCUUUGACAUCUACGUAACUGGCCAUUCCCUCGGAGGUGCCAUGUCCACGAUUGCUGCAAAUUAUCUCGUGCUCACCCAGAAUGUCCCGGCCGCCUCCAUUAAACACAUGACAUUCGGCGAGCCUCGUGUGGGCGAUCAAGCCUUUGCUGAUGAUCACGACGCCAGGUUUACCUAUUCAUUCCGCGUCACCAACCACAAUGAUGUCGGCCCACACAUCCCGCCCAAGUUCCUGAGCUUCCAGAACCAUCAGACCGAGAUCUGGUACAACAACGACAUGAGCACGGCAAACUUCACUGUGUGUAGUGGACAAGAGGACCCUAACUGCUCCGACAGCGUCACGCUCCUCCACUACAGUAUCCCGGAACACCGACAGUACUAUGGCGUCAACUUGGAUGAUUGGAUCAAUGUUUUCUAUUCCUCCACAAUGCGUCUCUACACCGAAUUUUUGCUCUUCUUCCCAUUGAUCGCCCUGGCGAUGUCAAAGAAACGACGUCUGCAAGCCCAACGAGUUUUGCCUGCGUUUGGGCACGAGGAUCAGGGGCGCUGUGUCCGGUAUGAGGAUGGAAACACCAGGGAUGAAUGGUGUCGCGAUCCCGCGACUGCAUGCGCAUGC